AUGUAUGAUGAUGAUGAUGAUGAUGAUGAUGAUGAUGAUGAUGAUGAUGAUGAUGAUGAUGAUGAUGAUGAUGAUGAUGAUGAUGAUGAUGAUGAUGAUGAUGAUGAUGAUGAUGAUGAUGAUGAUGAUGAUGAUGAUGAUGAUGAUGAUGAUGAUGAUGAUGAUGAUGAUGAUGAUGAUGAUGAUGAUGAUGAUGAUGAUGAUGAUGAUGAUGAUGAUGAUGAUGAUGAUGAUGAUGAUGAUGAUGAUGAUGAUGAUGAUGAUGAUGAUGAUGAUGAUGAUGAUGAUGAUGAUGAUGAUGAUGAUGAUGAUGAUGAUGAUGAUGAUGAUGAUGAUGAUGAUGAUGGUGAUGAUGAUGAUGAUGAUGAUGAUGAUGGUGGUGGUGGUGGUGGUGGUGGUGGUGAUGGUGAUGAUGAUGAUGAUGAUGAUGAUGAUGAUGAUGGUGAUGAUGAUGCUGAGGGUUAG